AUGCUGCUUGUGUAUCCCAUCGAGGCCGUGGUCACAGAGGAGCCAGGGCCCAUGGCAGCUGGGCAGACAGGAGCCCCGGCUGGCAGGAGUGUGCGGCCGGCACGGCCCGGCCUCCUGGAGGCUGCCGGAGACCACCCUCGAGGACGGGCCCGCUGUGCAGCCAUUGCUGCUGUGCCCGCCCCCUCGUUCAUGGACCGAAGAGUCAAAUGUGGACUCUGCUGUCAGCAUAGGUGCCCAGAGCUCAAUGAGGAGACUGUUGGUGGAAGGGCACAGCUGUUGAGGCGGGCAGACACCUGCUGCUGGGACAUCGUCUGUGCCAGCCCCAGCUGGUCCCUGGGCACCUCUCCUGGUCCCUACGGACUUUCCGGCCGAGACCAGCCAGUGGAGCUGCUUGGCCCCGCCCGCGUGAACCACAUGCCCAGCACGGUGGACGUGACUGCGGCCCUGCCCCUGCAGGUGGCCCCUGCGGCAGUGCCCAUGGACCUGCGCCUGGACGCACAGUUCCCGCUGCCCGUGGCCGAGCCGGCCCUGCGGGAGCAGCAGCUGCAGCAGGAGCUCCUGGCGCUGAAGCAGAAGCAGCAGAUCCAGCGGCAGAUCCUCAUCGCCGAGUUCCAGCGGCAGCAUGAGCAGCUGUCCCGGCAGCACGAGGCCCAGCUCCACGAGCACAUCAAGGUGUGGUUGGGGGCAAAGGCCCUGGGACUGCCCCGUGUGCCUCCACACCAUAGCUGCUGCCCAGUGAUCAGGGGGAAGCUGAGGUUGGUACCCAGAGUCUCCCUCUGA